GAGAGGGAGGCGGAAUGCAACAGGCUGAACUCUAUCGUCGCUGCGAGAGGGACUUCUGACUGACAAACACAACUACUACGCUGCUCCCCAGCUCGUUUCUCCACUGACUCGCCCUCACUGACCAGCCAGACUGUGUGCCGAGUGAGCAGCUCACCAGCUCUGAGUCUGGAUCUGGGCAGGUCUUGGUCUCGUGGCUCCUGGCCUUUCUCCGACUCUUCCUUCCUCCUCAGCAUCCCUCUCACUUCUCUGCAGCCUAAAGGCGGAGAGGCCAGCAGCUGAGAGGGGCUGAAUGGCACCGGCCCUCUUCAGACUAACCGCAGGGCCCUGACGAAGACCACCGAGGAAGAGGAACCAACAAGGCAGUCAGAGAGAAGUCACCUGAACCACCAGCAGCAAUUUUCACGAUGGCGACCAACAGGGAGCACCAACUGCAUCACAUGACCGGCUUCCCUCGAGCUAUGUACCCGUUCACCUUCAACUCCAUGCGGAGCCACUCCCCCUUUGACCUACUGGCCAGCAGCCACCUCUUCGGCCGGUUUGGGGCAGACCUUCCCAAAGAGAUGGCUGCACUGUCGGUGGAGACCCAGAGCACCAGCUCAGAGGAGAUGGUGCCCAGCUCUCCUUCCCCUCCUCCUCCUCCUCGUGUCUACAAGCCGUGCUUUGUGUGCCAGGACAAGUCAUCUGGUUAUCACUAUGGCGUGAGCUCCUGUGAGGGCUGCAAGGGCUUCUUCCGGCGCAGUAUCCAAAAGAACAUGGUGUAUACCUGCCACCGAGACAAGAACUGCCAGAUCAACAAAGUGACCCGUAACCGCUGCCAGUACUGUCGGCUGCAGAAGUGCUUUGAGGUUGGCAUGUCCAAAGAAGCGGUGCGCAACGACAGGAACAAAAAGAAGAAGGAUGUGAAGGAGGAGGUGGUGCUGCCGGAGAACUAUGAGCUGAGUGGAGAGCUGGAGGAGCUGGUUAACAAAGUCAGCAAAGCUCACCAAGAGACCUUUCCAUCUCUGUGCCAACUAGGAAAAUACACCACAAAUUCAAGUGCUGACCACAGAGUACAGCUGGACUUGGGCCUGUGGGAUAAGUUCAGUGAGCUGUCCACUAAGUGCAUUAUAAAGAUUGUGGAGUUUGCCAAGCGGCUACCAGGCUUCACUACGCUCACCAUCGCUGACCAGAUCACCCUCCUCAAAUCUGCAUGCCUGGACAUCCUGAUGCUGAGGAUAUGCACUCGCUACACCCCAGAACAGGACACAAUGACCUUCUCAGAUGGCCUGACUCUCAACAGGACCCAGAUGCACAACGCUGGCUUCGGUCCUCUCACAGACCUGGUGUUUGCCUUCGCUGGUCAGCUGCUGCCUUUGGAGAUGGACGACACAGAGACGGGCCUACUCAGUGCAAUCUGUCUCAUCUGCGGAGACCGUAUGGACCUGGAGGAGCCACAGAAGGUAGACAAGCUGCAGGAGCCGCUGCUAGAGGCACUGAAGAUCUACACCCGCCGCAGACGCCCGAACAAGCCUCACAUGUUUCCCCGCAUGCUGAUGAAAGUCACCGACCUCCGAGGAAUCAGCACCAAAGGUGCAGAGAGAGCCAUCACACUGAAGACAGAGAUCCCAGGCCCCAUGCCUCCGCUGAUCAGGGAGAUGCUGGAGAACCCCGAGGCCUUCGAGGACAGCAGCGACUCCGGGGAUAGCGCUGCGGCCGCCCCCCCUGCCAUUCAAGCCAUCAAGCAAGAGGAGAAGGCCACAUAUGAGUCGACCGUUGAGGAGGAAGAGGAGGAGGAAGAGGACGACUACUGGGACGAGGAGCGAGAGCGAGGGGCGGACAGUGAUGGGGAGCCGUGCGGGGAGGCGGCGGCGGGCGUGCAAAAGAAAGGCGCUGCUGGGAAAACGCAGUGAGAGAGACACUACGAUGCUGCUUCCUCCUUCAGAUGGCCAAGCCCUCGCCCAGCAACGUCUCCCAGAAACCUCACACAAUUGGGCUCUUAUACGACAACAGUGUGGCAUGUAGCACAUAUUUACAUAUACUGUACAUGUUGACUGGAAGGAAGAUGUGUUAAAUUCAGUAUAGGAAGCAAAGAGUGGGAGAAGCAAAAGCACUAAAAGUCAGCGGGUUGAGAAAAUCACUGUGCCAAAAUGAGACUGUCUAAAAGGUAUUUCAAAGGUCAUCCACCACAAAGAGGAGUGAAAGGUGGUGGAGAAGAAAAUGCACUCCUCCGCUAUCUAUAAGGGCUAUGCUUUGUAUAAAAUUGAUGGUAAAAAAUACAUUGCAACAAUAGAACUAUGUGGUGUCCAUUUGCCGCAAAACAUCUUCUCAGAAUUCCUUUUAUUACUAUUCAGAGAUAUGCUACUUAUUUUUUUAGGCAUUUUUUUUCCAAAGCAUGUACACAUUUGUGGUCUUUCUUUAUGCCUGUUCAUGGAGCUCUUUUCCUUGUAUAUUUUCCACUCAUAUAUGUGUUGUUGUUUUUUUUUUUAAGCUUUUUUAAUUUUAUGCAUUUCAGCUUUAUUGGACACAGCGAGAAGCAAUAGCAAAGAGAGUAAAGAGAGCAAUAGCGAAGACAGAGCAGGACUCAAAACUCACAAUGCGACAAGCACAUGGUGCGAAACCACCCGGAAGCGAGCGAGAGGAGGAAGUGUUCAACUGUGAUCUCAGCUCUGGUGCUCGUGAUCCAAACAAGGCCCAAUGCAAAACAAACACAGUGACGCGUCUCCACCUCUUCACAAAAUGACACACAAUCGUUUAACGAAACGUACUUUGACUAAAGAAUCUGCAGGGUAGAUUUAAUGUCAUCACACGAUCUCAGGUUGAUUCUAUCAGGGCCGCGUCUCACCUGUCAGUCCAGUAUUUUAAGAAAACGGUUGGUGCGAAUGCUCCGACACGAGGGCCCCAUCUUCAACAAACGUUCUUCUCACGAGGGGUCGGGGUUAUUCAAGUUGUCGAGCAUGCUGCACAUGCCCUUGGUACAGCAACCAGGUACAGGUAAGCCAUAAUAUUUUCAUUUUGUAAACAUGAGCGAAGAAUCAUCCGAACAGACAAAACCCUUAUAGGCAGUUUACUUCACAGAAAACCUCAGGUGUGUAUGUGUGUGUGCAUGAGUGUGUCACCACCGCCAUAAUCCACUUUAUGCAGAAGUUCUCCUAAAAAUGCGCAUUAAAGAGGUUUUGUAGCAAAAAACGAAAAGCUUUCACGCACCCAAAGACUUCUGGUGGACAGCAGGACAUUGAUGUCGAUGCAAGCUAACCAAGAAGCGCACGAUCAACUGUAACUGAGGUUGCAACCGUCCAACAUUGAUUGACGCCGAGACAAAAGCUUUACUUCGGGUGACCUGUCUGCUGACGUGCAGGGCAGUAUGUUCAAAUGAUGCGCGUUCAUGUGUGCUGUAUCUCAUGAGUGAUGCAAAAACACGGAUUUUGUACAAUAAAUACUUAAUAUUCGUUUUUCGACGAGACUUUACAGCUUUUUUUUAUGUAUAAAUCUGACACUGUUGGUGUAAUGAAAGACAACGUGGGUCUGACUCAACUCCUUAGUAGUUGUAAGGGAAAAGAUUCUCCAUCAGCAUGCUUCAAAGAUGGUGCCAGCGUCUGAAAAGAGGACUGCGUGUUCCUGGUCGUCGUACACAGAGGCAUUCACUCCCUGAACGAAGCAGAAGAGAACAGAUCCGACGUGACCACUGUGGGAAAACACCAGCGUGUGGAAACAUGAAACAGGUCUUAAGCACCGGGUGUAAAACCAUCAAGGACACAGACGUUGAUGCAACACACUGACACUGUGAUGAUGGGUUGUUGUUUUUUUUUUAAUUGUGAUAUUAUAGGAUGGCAAUAUCACAAUUGUGACUGAGGUAAAAGACAAAAUGUAUAUCUGUGAUUUUCCUCAGUCUGUUUCUCUUCCUCUGUCUCACACACACACACACACACACGGUCAAUGUUUUGCACAUCGUCAGCCAAUUCUUCAUACUUUGUUGUUUAGUAUUUAAUGAUGUUUCUACAUCGUAUAACUUCAUGAUAAAUUGUUUUCCUGUUUUUCUUUUCUUGAGUUUGAGCUGGUGCAAUAGAUUCUCCGUGGACGAGGUCACCACGGCCUCAGCUCUGUGUGUAAGAUGGUGAGUAAAUGAAAAAAAAAUACCAAAGACAGAUGUUUCAUCACAUCUGGACAAAAACAAAAGUAAUAAGAAAAUCUAUUCAGCUCGUUGAUGUGAAAUAUAUUCACUCUGUAUCAUGUGAUCGAGGAAAUUUCAUGAUCUCAUGUGACUUGUGAAGCUGGAACCGUCUCGUCUCUGUUACAUUUUGUUGUUGUUUUUUUAACUGAUGUCUUACUUUUUAUAAACAAUCUUUGUAGCCUGCAAAUAUCUUGUCUUCAUGUUCAGGGAUUCAGACACCUCAUGAGUUUCAUUUCGAUUGGAUUUAUGCCAAAAUGACUCUGAUAUAUACACACACACACACACACACAGAAAAACAAAGACUUGGGGUUUUUUACAUUUUCGCUUAUUUGCUGCUUAUUGUUUGCUUAUUUGUUAUUUCUUGUUGUCUUUCUUGUAUUUUGAUAAAGGCGCUUUUUGUUCUCAGA